GUUUGUUUACGAAUGUUGUCAAGCAAAAUGUAAAUAAACAAUGUUUCCUGAGCACUAGUGAGGGGAGGUUUCCUGAGCAGUAGUGAGGGGAACUCUCCUGAGCAGUUGUGAGGGGAAGUCUGCUGAGCAGUAGCGAGGGAAACUCUCCUCAGCAUUUGUGAGGGGGAACUCUCCUGAGCAGUUGUCAGGGGAAGUCUGCUGAGCAGUAGUGAGGGGAACUCUACUGAGCAGUUGUCAGGGGAAGUCUGAUGAGCAAUAUUGAGGGGAGGUCUCCUGAGCAGUAGUGAGAGGAUGUCUGAGCAGGAGUGAGAGAUGGUCUCCUGAGGUCUACAGCGCCAUCCUUCACAAUUAUUGACACCACAAUGAACAAUUACGAAACUAUGCAAGCAAUUGGCAGAGGAGCUUACGGAAAUGUGUAUCUGUACCGACGUUUGUCCGACCACAAGCAAGUGGUCAUUAAGAAGAUACCACUUGAAUCUAUAACUAAAGUAGAAUGUGAGUUGACGAAGAAUGAAGUACGGGUUUUAUCCAUGCUUCAACAUCCAAAUAUAAUAGAAUAUUAUGACAAUUACUUGGAAAACAACACCAUGAUGAUUGUAAUGGAGUACGCACCUGGAGGCAACCUCUAUGAUUAUCUUCGCUCGCGUGGGGAAGGCAACUUUCUUCAAGAGGAGGAUGUAUUACAUUUAUUUUGUCAGCUGGUCCUUGGCAUGCAGCACAUUCAUGAGAGUAACAUUCUUCAUCGUGACAUCAAGUCAAACAACAUUCUUCUAGAUCGUUCUCAUUGCAUUGUUAAAAUUGGAGAUUUUGGGAUUUCUAAGAUUCUUAGCAGCAAGAGCAAAGCACAUACUGUUGUUGGUACCCCAUGCUACCUUUCACCAGAGUUAUGUCAAGAGAAACCUUACAAUCAGAAGAGUGAUAUAUGGGCAUUAGGUUGUGUCCUGUACGAACUGCUGGCACUGAAACGUGCAUUUGAGGCAGAGACAUUGCCAGCUCUCAUCAUGAAAAUAAUGCGUGGUAUAUUUGCUCCCAUCCACCCUCACUACAGCGCCGAGAUGAGGUCUCUGGUGCACCUGCUCCUGCAUAUGGACCCAGCACAGCGCCCCAAUAUCCAGCAGGUCAUAAGCCACCCAUUGAUAUUUCCAACCUUAUUUACACUCCAUCGGGAUCUUGGGAUGGUUCGUUGUAUUUCUAGGCCACUUCGCCUGUCUUCAGUUGGCACCCGAACUCGGUCAUCACGUGGCAGUGAGGAUUCUACAGACAAGGAGAGAACUGAUAUAGAAAAGAAGACUAUAAGUGAAGAGAUAAAAUGUAGUGAGAAAAAGUUGCCCCAGUCCAGUGCUCAAGCAGCUUCUGUGUUCUGUUGGUCCCGUCUUGGCACUCCAUUGAGAUUGUCUGUAGGCAAUGCUGAAGGAGAAGUGGUGUGGGUAGCUGCUAGCAGAACUCAUCGUGCUGGAGUCACAAGUGCAGGUCAGGUUGUGUUGUGGGAGAAGCAGGAACAAAAGUCUAAAGACAUCAGAGUUGCUGUCACUGAAAAUGAGGACGAGUCUCCAUAUAAACCGACAAUCUUGAGAUCCCCAGCAUCAGUAACAGUGGUGCAAGUGUCAUGUGGGGAUGGUUUCAUAGCUUGCGUCACAGAUCGAGGUAUUCUCUUAACCAGUGGGAUAGGAUCAUCUGGCAGCCUAGGCCAUGGAAAUACCAGUGACGUUGCUCAGCUGAGGAUAGUGGAGUCGCUGUUGGGUGUGUCUGUAAAACAGGUUGCCUGUGGGUCAGCACAUGUGGUAGCUGUGUCGGUUGACCAUCAGGUAUAUGCUUGGGGCUGCGGCAGUAAUGGACGACUGGGCAUAGGAUCACGCAUGACUCAGCUGUGGCCACAACAUGUCGAGAUCCAGUACUCGGAGCCGGAGGUGACGAGCAUUGUGGCGGGGCAUGACUGUUCCUUCCUAGUGACCACAUCAGGAGUCCUUCUUGCCAGUGGCUCAAAUAGACUGAACAAAUUGUGUGUGGAUGAAACUGAUCUUGCUGGAUGUGAGACUCUAAAGCAAAUAGAAGAUGUGGCAACAUUUGUGCCAGUGUGUUCUCGGCCUCUUGCAAACUCGGCCAUCAUCAUGGUGGCAACAGGGCUCAACCAUUCUCUGUUUGUGACAGAUGCUGGAGAAGUAUUUACAUGUGGGAAGAAUACUUAUGGCCAGUUGGGUCACAUUGGCUCACAGAACCCAAGGGUGCCUGCUCGGGUUAUGGAUCCUGUGGCCCGCACCCAGGUGACACAUGUCGACUGUGGCGAAGAUUUCUCCGUUGCUGUUACGCAAGAUGGUCGUAUUUAUUCGUGGGGUGGUAAAAAGGACCAUAAGGUAGCAGUAGAUGAUCCAAGUAAACCCAAAAUAUUGGCGAGAGAUCCAGUAGGAGAAAGUGCUCGUCCGAGGCUUGUGGACCUACGGCAGAAUAUCAAAGGGAAUAUUUCCAUAGCUGCUGCAGACGACAUUGUAAUCAUUUGCUAUAAGGCAUGAGGCUGUAUUUACAUAAGAUAUAUUUCAGUACAAAGUUAAUUUUUGUAUGGUUAUUUUGUCAACCAAUGUUUGAAGAAUAAUUUUACUUAAAUGAGAAGCACCAUAUAUUAUUAAAUUCUAAUGGUAAUAAAUUAGUGCACAAAA